AUGAAGACUUCUAUCUCCCUUCUCACCCUUCUUUCAGCCUCCUUCGUGGCAGCGGCCCCAGCGCCUUUCGUGGGCCAGGGACCUGUAGUCGCUGCUGGUACCGAGAAUGUAGUCAUUCCUUCUACGAACUUCGGCCGCAGGGAGGAAGAUGUUGUACAGAAGUUUGGAGAGAGAGCCCUUAAGCUCCGCGGUGCGCUCUUGGCAGCACGCGGUGGCAUGGGCAAGGAUAAUGCUAAUGCAGACGCCGAGGCAGCCAAUGCUGAGGGUGCUGCGGCGGCCGGUGGCAACAAGGCCCAGGAUCAGGCGGCACAGGAUGCUGCCGCUGCUGAAGAUGCUGCUCAGGGCAAGGGCAAGGGCAAGGGGAAGAAUGCCGAUAAGCAAGCCGCCCAAGAAGCUGCUGCAGCUAAGGAGCAACAAGCUGCCGCCGAUGCUCAGGCACAGCAGGAUGCUGCUGCCGCUGAGAUGAUGAACCAAGGUCAAGCGCAGAAUGCGACCGAGCAGAUGGGAACAGCAGACCAGGCUGCCGCUGAUCAGCAGGCAAAACAAGAUGCUGCCGCUGCCGAAGGCAUGAACCAGGACCAGGCACAGAAUGCUCACGACCAACAGUCGGCUGCUGAUCAAGCAGCUGUUGACCAGAAGGCUCAACAGGAUGCUGCUGGAGGCAUGAAGCAAGAGCAAGCACAGAAUGCCAAUGACCAACAGGCGGCGGACCAAGCGGCUGCUGACCAACAGGCGCAGCAGGAUGCCGCUGCCGGUGGUAAAGACCAGGCACAAAAUGCGGCACAAGAUGGUGCUGCAGCCGACCAAGCUGCGGCCGACCAACAGGAUGCUAAGCAAAACAAGAAUGGAAAACAGCAACAGGAGGCAAUGGAUCAAGCUGCAGCUGAUCAGCAAGCCGCUCAACAGCAAGAGGGUGCUAUGGGAGCUGACCAGGCAAAGCAACAGCAACAACAGCAAGAGUUAGAGCAAGCUGCUGCUGAGCAAGAGGCCGCUCAACAAGAAGCCGACCAGAAGCAGAAGGCAAAGGACCAAGCUCAGAUGCAACAAGACGCCGCCAACGGUAAGGGCCAAGCUGCCGCUGACCAAGCUGCUGCCGACCAAGCCGCUCAAGCUGGAAAUGCUACUGGAGUAGUUGAUGCCGGAGCCGCUGCCAACGGUACCGGCAACGCAAACAAUGGCAAUAACAACAACGGCAAGGGCAAGGGCAAAGGCAAGGGAAAGGGAAAGGGAAAGGGCAAGAACAAUGGCAACAACGGUAACAACGGCAUCUCACAGCUUCUCCAAGAGGCUGAGGCAGCCCUCCAGGCUGGCGGACAGCAGGGUGGAGCUGGCGGAGCUGGCGGAGCUGGUGGCAUCGAGGGUCUUCUUAGCAGCCUUCUCGGCGGUGGUGCUGGAGGUGCCGGUGCUGGAGCUGGAGCUGGAGCUGGUCAGCAAAAGGCUGGUGGAAUCGCAGGUCUUGACUUGAGCAAGCUUGGCAUUGGACGCCGUGCCUUCCGUGCCUAG